AUGGAAUCGAAAAAUGAGAAGAUGGGAGAUCGAGAGGAGAACCCUUCCUGUCUCGAGGAUCAAGGCGACGGCCACGCCAUCCAUCGAGUUACUACUCAACGGGGGCUCAAGUCUCGUCAUGCCCAAAUGAUCGCGUUAGGUGGGACAAUUGGAACUGGCCUAUUCGUUGGAAUUGGUCAAGCUCUUCAUAUGGGCGGUCCUGUCUUCUUGGUACUGGCAUAUUGCAUUCUCACUGUGUUGGUGUUUGGCAUUAUAACGGCAACGACCGAAAUGUCCUCAUACCUACCCGUGCCAGGAUCCUCCGUCUCCUAUUAUGCCCACCGAUUCCACUCGACUAGCUUGGGCUUUGCCCUGGGGUGGGUGUAUUUCUAUGUAUUCGCCAUCACUGUGCCGGCCGAAAUCACCGCGGCCACCGUGGUCGUCGAAUAUUGGGGUAGUCAUGUACCCGUCGCCGUCUGGAUCACAGUCUUUAUGGUGAUCAUUGUUCUUCUCAAUUGCUUCCCUGUAAAGGUGUAUGGCGAGGCCGAGUUCUGGUUUGCGUCGAUCAAAGUUAUUGGUAUAAUAGGCUUGCUGUUCAUGGCCGUUGUGCUAGUCUUUGGCGGUGGUCCAAACCACGAACUUCUGGGCUUUCACUAUUGGAAGCACCCAGGACCAGUGAAGGCAUACCUUGUGGCUGGGAAUGCGGGUCGACUCGGUGCUUUUGUCUCUGUCAUUUGUUUCUCGAUUUUCGCUUUCGCCUUCGCCCCGGAAGUCUUGGUCAUUACAGGAGGAGAGAUGCAGAACCCUCGCCAGAAUCUCCCCAAAGCCGGGAUGCGGUACUUCAUUCGUCUGGUUACAUUCUAUGUGCUCGGGGCAUUUGCGGUUAGCCUGAUAGUUUCAAGCGAUGAGGCUCGGCUCCUUGGAGGCGGGUCCGGUGCAGGUGCUUCUCCCUGGGCCAUCGCAGCUCACAACGCCGGCAUCAAAGUGCUUGAUUCGAUUAUUAACGCCAUUAUACUGACCUCCGCGCUUUCGGGGGGCAACUCGUAUCUCUACCUUGCGACCCGGGCCCUGUACUCGCUAUCUGUGGCAGGUUGCGCACCGAAGGCUUUCCAGAGAUGCACCAAAAGCGGAAUCCCAUACAAUGCUGUUGGAGUCUGCAUUGCUUUUUGCCUUCUUGCCUAUCUUAAUCUCUCCAGCGCAGGAGUGACGGUCUUUAACUGGUUUGUCAACCUCAUCAAUACAGGUGCUUUCCAGAGCUGGAUCUGCAUCUGUAUUACUUAUCUGCGCUUUCGCAAGGCGACUAUUGCUCAGGGAAUCACGGACAUGCCUUAUCGUUCACGAUUCCAGCCGUACAUGGCAUACAUCUGUGGGGUUUUCUUUUCCGUGUUUCUUCUUUUAAAUGGAUACGCCGUUUUCCUACAUGGCCACUGGAAUGUCUCCACCUUUUUGACAUCCUACAUCGGCAUCCCGAUAUUUUUCGCCUUCUACUUUGGUCAUCGUUUUUUUGUGGCUCGCUCGGAACCGUGGGUGCGCCCUGCCAUGGAGGUGGACCUAUACUCUGGCUUACCUGAAGUCAUCGCUAACGAGGUCCCGGAGAUCUCAACUAAAGUAUGGUACCAGCCGUGGAAGUAUCUGUACGAGUAA